CAGGCUGCGGCAUCCCAGCCCGCUCCCCCGGCCGCUGCAGGCUGCCGAGCGCCUUGGGCGGCGCACUUGCUCUCAUUGGCUUCUCGCCCUGCCCUUCAGAGGGUGGAGCCGCACCCGCGCGGCGGAGAGAGGGGCCGGCUGGGUUGCUCUGGGCAGAGCUGCACGGGGUGGGGAGAGGCACGGGAAGGCCGGAGCGGAGGACGCCGGAGUCGGAGCAGCAGCAGCGGCGGCUGGGGUGGGAUGUGAACGCUGCGCUUCUCAUGCUUUUUCCCCACGUAGUUUAUGCCGUAGCGUUUCUGUUCCGGGUUCCGUCCCCAGGGACUCCCUCCGGCGCCGCCCAGGGACCUCGCUCGCUCCCUCCAUCCCCAAGCCGGGUAGGGGAGCCGCGCAGCCGGCCGGCAGCUCGCUCCCUCCCCUCCCAGCACCAUGGCGGACCAGCCGGCGGAUAAGAAGUUCUUCGAGAAUCUCUCGGGCGCAGGGAAAGCCAUCGGGGUGCUGACCAGCGGCGGGGAUGCGCAAGGUAUGAAUGCUGCAGUACGUGCGGUAGUGCGUAUGGGAAUCUACGUAGAAGCUAAAGUGUAUUUUAUCUAUGAGGGUUACCAAGGUAUGGUUGAUGGAGGUGACAACAUUGUUGAAGUAUCAUGGGAAAGUGUUUCAAGCAUCUUGCAAGUGGGAGGGACAGUUAUUGGUAGCGCACGCUGCAAAGAAUUUCGUACCCGGGAAGGCCGUUUGAAGGCAGCUUUCAACUUGAUUCAGCGUGGAAUCACUAACCUUUGUGUGAUUGGUGGUGAUGGUAGUUUAACAGGUGCUAAUCUCUUUCGUGAAGAAUGGAGUGGACUUCUAGAGGAACUGGCACAAAGUGGCAAGAUUGAAGAAGAAGCUGUGAAGAAAUAUGUUUACCUCAACAUUGUGGGGAUGGUUGGAUCCAUAGAUAAUGACUUCUGUGGCACAGAUAUGACCAUUGGUACUGACUCAGCCUUGCACAGAAUCAUUGAAGUUGUGGAUGCCAUCAUGACCACUGCUCAAAGCCAUCAGAGGACCUUUGUCCUAGAAGUUAUGGGAAGACACUGUGGGUAUCUAGCUCUUGUUAGUGCAUUAGCUUGUGGUGCGGAUUGGGUAUUUAUUCCGGAAUACCCCCCAGAAGAAGGAUGGGAGGAUCAGAUGUGUGUUAAGCUUUCUGAGAACCGUGCACGAAAGAAAAGGCUGAAUAUCAUAAUUGUGGCAGAAGGUGCCAUUGAUUCUCACAACAAAUCUAUAACUUCAGAAAAGGUUAAGGAUCUUGUGGUUCAGCAGCUGGGAUUUGACACUCGUGUGACUAUCCUGGGUCAUGUUCAAAGAGGUGGUACUCCUUCAGCUUUUGAUAGAAUUUUGGCAAGCCGUAUGGGCGUGGAAGCUGUCCUGGCCCUUCUAGAGGCUACAGCAGAUACCCCUGCUUGUGUUGUGUCCCUGUCUGGGAACCAAGCUGUCCGUCUGCCUUUAAUGGAGUGUGUGCAGAUGACUCAAGAAGUACAGAAAGCAAUGGAUGAAAGAAAGUUUUGUGAGGCUGUGAGACUUCGUGGAAGGAGCUUUGAAAACAACCUUAACACCUACAAAUUAUUGUCUCACAGAAAACCAGAUACAGAACUUCCAAAGACUAAUUUUAAUGUGGCAGUUUUAAAUGUAGGUGCCCCUGCAGCUGGUAUGAAUGCUGCUGUCCGAUCUGCAGUAAGAGUUGGCAUAACUGAAGGUCACACCAUGUUUGCUGUCAUUGAUGGAUUUGAAGGCUUUGCUAAUGGCCAGAUAAAGGAAAUCAGCUGGGGAGAUGUUGGAGGUUGGACUGGCCAAGGAGGGUCGCUUCUUGGCACAAAACGUACCCUCCCUGCAAAGUAUUUGGAGAAGAUUGCUGACCAGAUGCGCACUAAUAACAUCAACGCCCUUAUGGUUAUUGGUGGAUUUGAGGCCUACCUGGGACUUUUGGAAUUAUCAGCUGCCCGUGAGAAAUAUGACGAGUUCUGUGUUCCAAUGGUUAUGGUUCCUGCAACUGUAUCCAACAAUGUACCGGGUUCAGAUUUCAGCAUUGGUGCAGAUACUGCUCUGAACACUAUAACUGAUGCCUAUGAAAGUUGUCUGCAAUUAGCUGAGGCACGUGCUCGCUUUGAGGAGUUUUGUAUUCCUAUCUGUAUGUUGCCAGCUACUAUUAGCAACAAUGUGCCAGGCACCGACCUUAGCAUUGGUGCUGACACUGCCCUGAAUGCUAUUGUGGAGACAUGCGAUCGCAUCAAACAGUCAGCCAGUGGGACCAAGCGUCGUGUGUUCAUCAUUGAGACAAUGGGUGGCUACUGUGGUUACCUGGCCAAUAUGGGGGGCCUUGCUGCAGGUGCGGAUGCUGCUUAUAUCUUUGAAGAGAAGUUUGAUAUUCGAGAACUCCAGGCUAAUGUGGAGCAUUUGACCGAAAAGAUGAAAACCAGCAUCCAGCGUGGUCUAGUGUUGAGGAAUGAGAACAGCAAUGAGAAUUACACAACUGACUUUAUCUACCAGCUAUAUUCUGAGGAAGGAAAAGGCGUGUUCGAUUGCAGAAAGAAUGUAUUGGGCCACAUGCAGCAGGGUGGAGCACCUUCCCCAUUUGACAGGAACUUUGGGACAAAAAUCUCUGCAAAAGCUAUACAGUGGAUCUCAAAGAAACUGAGAGAAACAUACCGAAGAGGAAAAGUGUUUGCCAACACCGAAGACUCAGUUUGUUUGCUAGGUAUGCGCAGACGCAAUCUUCUUUUCCAACCUGUGGUUGAGCUUAAGGAUCAAGCAGAUUUUGUGCACAGAAUUCCUAAGGAACAGUGGUGGCUGAAACUUCGACCUCUGAUGAAAAUUCUGGCCAAAUACAAGACUAGCUAUGAUGUUUCAGAUUCAGGUCAACUAGAGCAUGUAGCUAGGCACAGCCCAAAAGAAGCAGAAACUGGAGCUAUCUAAGAAGAGACCAUUAUUUUAGAUAAAGUUGUAAUAGACCUACGUUGUGCGUAACAAUGCUUUAGAAUAUUCAUUACAGCUUUGUUUGUAACAUUUAAAUUAUUGUACCAGCACUUUAUGUGAAUUCAGACAUGCAAACAUCACACAAGUUCCUUGCCCAGUAUUAUCCUAGGUUUAAAGCAAACCCUAGCGUCUAACUUACAAAAUACCAGUAACCGGCCUGAUCCUUAAGUUUAACACAAUUCUAUGCACUCAGUGUGAUAAGUCAUUCAUCUAGCGCACUUUAUCUCAGAGAUAGAGUCUAUACUCAGAAUAUAUGUAGAAGGCUAGUUUUGUGUCAAGUUACAGAGUGAAUUUAUGUAUCCAAAGUGGAAUAAAAGAAUUGUUGCAAACCA